CCUCUCUUCAGCUCCAGGGCAGGACGAGGGCCAACUCUCUUUUCCUUUACCCAUUGAUUUUUCUUUUUCCUUUUCUUCUCUGGCCGUUAUGGCCGAAACACCUGUUGAUGCCUUGUUAAAAGGCAGCACCGGCAGGAACACGCGCGGCCUGCUGCGCAUUAUCAUUCUAUUUACAAUCGCCGCCGCUGCGGUUUCUAGUCGACUGUUUAGUGUGAUUCGUUUUGAAAGCAUUAUCCAUGAAUUCGACCCUUGGUUUAACUUUCGCGCAACGAAAUAUUUGGUGCAAAAUGGCUUCUAUAGCUUCUGGGACUGGUUUGAUGACCGAACAUGGCACCCUCUGGGCCGUGUUACUGGUGGCACGCUAUACCCAGGUCUCAUGGUGACCAGCGGCGUGAUCUACCACAUACUUCGAUUCCUUACCAUUCCCGUCGACAUUCGCAAUAUUUGUGUCUUGCUUGCGCCAGCAUUCUCCGGCCUUACGGCAUUUGCUAUGUAUCUCCUGACUUGCGAGAUGUCUAUCUCGCCGUCCGCCGGUCUCCUCGCUGCCGCUUUCAUGGGCAUUACCCCGGGAUACAUCUCUCGUUCUGUGGCGGGUAGUUAUGACAACGAAGCCAUUGCAAUCUUUCUCCUUGUGUUCACCUUCUUCUUGUGGAUCAAGGCUGUCAAGAAUGGUUCGAUCAUGUGGGGAGCGAUGACUGCUCUCUUUUACGGGUAUAUGGUGUCCGCUUGGGGUGGUUAUGUUUUCAUCACCAACUUGAUCCCCCUACACGUCUUUGUGCUCCUCUGUAUGGGAAGAUAUAGCUCCCGUCUGUACAUCAGCUACACCACCUGGUAUGCAUUGGGAACAUUGGCCAGCAUGCAGAUUCCUUUCGUCGGCUUUCUGCCCAUUCGCAACAGUGACCAUAUGGCUGCCUUAGGUGUCUUUGGCCUGAUUCAACUUGUGGCAUUUGCUGACUUUGUCCGCGGCUUCAUUCCGGGAAAGCAGUUCCAAAGACUUCUCACGGCCAUGGUUAUCACCAUCUUUGGCAUUGCCUUCGUCGGACUUGUUGUCUUGACUAUGUCUGGAGUAAUUGCUCCAUGGAGCGGUCGCUUUUACUCUCUGUGGGAUACCGGCUACGCUAAGAUCCACAUUCCCAUCAUUGCGUCAGUUUCGGAGCAUCAGCCGACUGCUUGGCCAGCCUUUUUCUUCGACUUAAACAUGCUUAUCUGGCUUUUCCCCGCCGGAGUCUACAUGUGUUUCCGCGAUCUCAAGGAUGAGCAUGUUUUCGUCAUUAUCUAUGCAGUGCUGGCAAGCUACUUCGCAGGUGUCAUGGUUCGUCUGAUGCUGACACUGACCCCUAUUGUCUGCGUGGCGGCUGCGCUGGCGUUGUCCACCAUCAUUGAUACGUAUGUGUUUGCAUCUUCUGGACCAACUCCCCAAGCCAAGCUCAACGAAGAAUCUUCCACCGAUGGACUCCGUUCCACGAGGAACCCUAUUGUUGGAGUUUCCUCUUAUAUCUCCAAGGCUGUUGUGACCACCUCUACAGUCAUCUAUCUGCUCCUGUUCGUCGCGCACUGCACUUGGGUCACGUCCAAUGCGUACUCUUCCCCUUCGGUCGUCCUGGCCAGUCGGAUGCCGGACGGCAGCCAAUAUAUCAUCGACGACUACCGUGAAGCGUACUACUGGCUUCGCCAGAACACCCCCGAUAACGCCAAGAUCAUGUCCUGGUGGGAUUACGGUUAUCAGAUCGGUGGCAUGGCCGAUCGCCCCACUCUUGUCGAUAACAAUACCUGGAAUAACACCCACAUCGCCACGGUUGGAAAGGCGAUGAGCUCCCGCGAAGAGGUCAGCUACCCUAUCCUCCGCCAGCACGAUGUCGAUUAUGUGUUGGUGGUAUUCGGCGGACUAUUGGGCUACUCCGGAGACGACAUCAAUAAGUUCCUCUGGAUGGUCAGAAUUGCCGAAGGCAUCUGGCCGGAUGAGGUCAAGGAACGGGACUACUUCACUGCACGGGGCGAAUACCGUGUGGAUGAUGAGGCGACACCCGCGAUGCGCAACAGUUUGAUGUACAAAAUGUCCUACCACAACUUCAACUCCCUCUUCCAGCAAGGCCAGGCCGUAGACCGUGUCCGAGGCUCCCGACUGCCCGCCGAAGGGCCCCAGCUCUCCACCCUCGAGGAGGCGUACACCAGCGAGAACUGGAUCAUCCGUAUCUACAAGGUCAAGGACCUCGACAACUUUGGCCGUGAUCACAAUAACGCCGCAGCCUUUGAGCGAGGCCACAAGCGGAAGCGCGCUACCAAGAGGAGAGGACCCCGUGUCCUGAGGACCGAGUAAAGGUGGAGUCCGUGAUUCCGCCAAUCCUAGCCUCUUAAGGGAUAAGAGAAUCCCUUCUCCCUGUUUAUCAUGUACUUCAAUUCCACGUUCUUUGUAUUUUGAACACCGAUUCAAGCGGCCAUGUAGACGAUUCUAAAAAAAUACACGUGAUUCAAACAUAAAGCCAACCUCUUCAAUCGGGUUUACGUGGUAUAUAGUCAAUUUCGGU